GAAGCCAUUUUAUUCUGCUCUUGCUGCUCGACUUUAUAUGUUAGUCAUCACCCAAUCAAUUCCACUGGCCUCUAACAUUAAUGGCCAGGGAAGCUACUGGGCUAACUACUUCACAAGCUCUGGUGGGACACAAUCAGAUUAUGUGACUGCUGUCAAUGAAUUACUGAUUUUGCAGAAUUGUAGCGUAAAUGCGCUUGAUUUAUAUUUUGUCAUGGAUGCAUCUGGUAGUGUUGGAUCCUCAAACUUUCAACUCAUGAAAAACUUCGUCUAUAACAUUGCUAAUAGUUUUAAUGUUGGCAGUGAUAGUGUCCGUGUUGGUGUAAUGUCUUUUGCAUCAUCCAAUUCUUACCAUUUCCACCUAAACACUUACACAGCAAAAUCGUCUGUACUCACUGCUAUUAAUAAUUUACCUUACAGUGGUGGGGGCACAAACACAGCAGGUGCUUUGGAUGGAAUGAGGACUAUAGGUUUCUCUACAUCAAACGGUGCACGUCCCAGUAGUCAAGGAGUACCACGGGUGGGGAUUGUUAUAACUGAUGGACGUUCAAACAGUUAUUCAGCCACUAUAGCAGCAGCUAAUAAUGUGCACAAUGCUGGCAUUAUUGUUUUUGCUAUUGGCAUUGCAGGAGCAAAUCAAAAUGAGCUCAACGCUAUUGCAUCUCAGCUGUCUUAUGUGUCUUUCCUUUCCUCAUUCAGUUUGACACUACUGAAUUCACUUCAAUAUACUAUUAGCCAGGAGUCUUGUGUCGCAUCACCUGAUGUUAAUUUGGGCGAGACUAUUUCAGAUAAUAUUGGAUCAGGGGAAACAAAAUACCUCAAUUACCCACUCCCUAAUAACAAUCAAGGAAUUACUAUUAUCCUCAAUGUGACAAAUGGUUCAGCUACAUUGUAUGCAUCAACAGUCGUUUCUACUCCUAAUGAAGCCUUUUAUGAUGUCCAAAUUACAACUGACAGAUAUGAAGAUGUCUACAUUGAUCCAGCUAACCUAACAAAUCCUUCCAGUGCUGAUACAGUGUAUAUUGCUAUUGAGGGUACUAGUAGUAAUGGUGCUUCAAAUCAAGUGCAAGUGAGUGCAACUCAAGGAGAUACUUCUACUGACUCAGUAGCAAUAGAAAAAUUCACCAAAACAAACUUUUCCAAGAAUUUUGGUGCAACUAUUACA